AUGAAGGGGUUGUUACUUUUUAGUCAGUCUAGCGAUCUUUUAUUUAUUGACGCUGAUGAAGAAUUUUUGGAAUCUGCCUACAAAAAUGAAGAAACUGAAGGAGACUACAAGGAUGACAAACAGAAUAAUAUGUCUGACCCCUACAAUGCUGGGCUCAUGUUUGUACCAUUUUUGGCUUCACAGAAUAUUAUGAGCCAUGAACUGAAGAAUCCAUACAACAAAAUUGUCUGUGAAAAUGGAUCCAUUACAGUUUUCAAACAGUUGGAUGACAUUUUGUUUGUAGCUGUCAAUGGUGAUGGCACUGAAGAUGAACAAUUCCUAAAUAAAAAGAUUUUAAUCUUCCACCGUAUUCUCAAGUUCCUUUAUGGGCCUGUACUGAAGCAUGUAAAACCUAGUAGACUUCAAGAACGUAAGGAACGUCAGAAUUACUUGAGUAAGCUGCUUAAAACAUGGUGCUUCCUUGUCCAAGAAGAACACACUUUUCUCAUGGAAGCUAUUGAACAGUUGCAGGCUAACUAUGUUGUAAAUGAGAAGUCACUAAAACUGCUUGAAAUGGUCCUAAAAAAGGUAUCCUCUAUAUCGUCAAUCAGUAACAACCAUGCACUUUUGUUAGUACAUGGUAAACUGCUGUCCCUCUAUUCCAGUCAUAAUGCCUAUGAACUUCAAGCAGCUGACAUCCUGAUUAUCAUUCUGUUGGCUACAGCACAAUUCCCUUCGAAUAGUGAACUUGCUGAAUAUUUAAAGCCACCACCCGAGCUACAAGGUGAAGAUGGCCACCCACUUUCAGAAACCCUUCCUUCUAUGAACAUAGAGAACAUAAAUAAAUCAACACUUACCACUGAAUCAAACGUAGAUUCAACAGAUGAUGAACAAGUUUCUCAAUCAGGUACCAGUGUAGAUACUUGUCCCACUCCAAAUUUGAACCGAUUGGCACCACAGCUUUCUCAUCAUAAGGAAAGUGGUAGCGGCAAUAGUACUGAAGAUCUGAGUGAUGCUUCAACUGGUGGUGAUCAGCCUUCUUUAUCCAUCCGCAAAAUAACUCAAGAACAUAGGUACAAAGGUUCUUCAACAGAUGACAUUACAGAGAGAAAUGAUCCACAGAAUAUUACACAAAAUAUAAAACACAGUACUUCAGAGAGGAAUGUUGAAUCUCAUAGCUGUGAUAGUCCCAAACCAACACGUCAAGCCACAACAAGUGAAGCAAGUAGUCAACCAAAGAAUAAAGCCAGCAGUCCAAAGAAUGAGUAUCAAAGACAUUCCCUCAAACCAAUUCCAGUUUGUUUGCAUACACCUACAUGCCUUUAUACUCCACAUCAACUGUAUUGUAUUGAGAUCUUCCCAGGCAUUAUUUUAGCUGUAGUAUCGGAGCAACCAUCAUCUAACCAAUCAGGACUGAUCUGCCAGUUGCAUGACCUUCUCAAUGACAUUGUUUCUGGAAGCAGUCGAGGAGAGCGUCUUGUAAGAGGAGACAGACAAUACACUUUUGAUGUACUUGACAUGUUGGUGAAGAAAGUUACAUCCUCACGUUGUGGUUUCAAGAUUAUCCUGAGGAAUAUCAAGCAAAGUUGGGAAAAUGCUAAAAGUGGUGGACUGGACACAGCCUUGGAACAAAGUCAAACAAAGGAUUUAUCUGACAAAAUUCUAAAUUCUUUGGCUGUAAUUUGUGACAAUCUGAAGGACUUGUUCCUUGGUAUGUUUAUCCAGAAAAAAGUGGCUCAGCAAGAAAUUCAUGAAGUUCUUCAUAACUGCACUCAACGCAUCUACAAAGAACUGGCUGAUUACAAAGAUUACCUAAUUGUCAAAGCUCAGCGGAACAUCACCAUUACAUCAUAUUUUCAGCAGUUUCCUGGAAUUGUAUAUUUUAUUUUUGUGGAUCGUACAACUAACCAAGUAAUUGUUCCUGCUCUCAAUGUAAGCCCAGAUGACAGUGAAGAAGCCAUGAAAGCCACUCUGUUUCUCAAACGUAAAAUUUGGAGAACUGCACGUCUUAUGCAGCAAAAAUUAUCCCAAGGCUACACGACUGUAUUGUUGAGGGAUGGUGACUUUUUCAUUUCUUAUUACCUUUGGUUUGAAGAUAAUGCUCACAAUCCUCUUGUGGUUCAACAGCCUUACAAAACUCUCACUAAUUCUCCCCCACCUGGAAUUCUUUGUGGCAAUCUUUACAGGCAGCUGAUUCGACAAUGUUUCCCCAGUGCCAUUCCUGGUUCUGUACACUGCUUUGAAUUAAUCUGCAUUCAUAUUGGAAUUGUACCAACCAAUGUCAUCUCUGUCCACAUUCAACAGUUGUCAAGCCGCUUAUGGGAAAUGGCUGGAGAUGGAUUAGCCUCAAUCAGUUUGCUCUAA